AUGGCCCCGUCAAUUGUAACACCAAGUAUCCCGGCGUCCCCCGUGGCGGAGGGAAAGCUCCCGGCAGUCUUCACUCCUAAAGACGCGAAGGACCUUCCGGAAAGCUUGCUUUCACAUUUCGCCCCCCACAUCGAUGCCAAACAGAAUGUGCAUGGUAUUGAAACCGCAGCCAGCGACCAGUACAAAGAACACUCUGUAUCAUUCAAUGCGCAAUACGCAUUGAACCCUCGGAAACUGAAGAUUAUCACCAUUGGUGCAGGAUUUUCUGGCUUGUUGCUCGCGCACAAGUUCCAACAUGCCUACCCGGAGCUUCAGGACUUUGUGGAGCACACGAUUUUUGAGGGUCGAGGCGAUGUCGGUGGAACGUGGCUUGUCAAUACCUACCCUGGUGUGCAAUGUGAUGUGCCUUCUCAUAUUUAUGCGUUCCCGUUUGACCCUAAUCCAGACUGGCCUCGCUUUUACUCAAGUGGGCCUGCAAUCCAUGAUUACAUCUCGAGAACUGCAAAGAAGUGGAACCUUGAUCGUGACGUUCAGCUAAACACCCGGGUUGUGGCCGCUCAUUGGCAAGAGAACUCCGGUAAAUGGAAGAUUACUGUGGAGCACGGUGGUGUUGAACGUGAUGAGUAUUGUGACAUUCUCAUCUCAGGUCAGGGCAACUUGGUGAGCCCUUCGUGGCCAAAGAUUGCCGGACUUUCCGAUUUCAAGGGUCAUGUUACGCACUCUGCAAAAUGGGACCAUGACUUCGAUUACUCCAACAAGCGGAUUGCUGUUAUUGGCAAUGGAUCAUCCGGUAUCCAGAUCGUUCCUCAGAUGGCCAAACUUCCGGGCACCACGGUGCGCAACUUUAUUCGCGGACCAGCCUGGGUUUAUUAUCGUGUCCCUCCUUCCAAGCACCUUGGCCGAGAGACCGAAGACACAAACCCCGAAUUUUUCGAUACGGAGAAAGAGCGCUUCCGCGAUCCUGUCCAACACCGCGAAUACCGCAAAGGCAUUAUUCACCGUACCAACAAGGCCUUCCGCCUGUUCAUCAAGGGAGAGUCCAACGAGAACACUGUCAGACUCGCAACAGCCCAGAUGGCCGAGAAGCUCAACCAUGAUCCCGUGCUGUGCGAGCAGCUCAUUCCCAAGUGGGAGAUUGGCUGUCGUCGAGUAACCCCAGGCCCUGGUUAUCUGGAAUCAUUCUCGAAGCCGAAUUGCAGUCUUACCUCGAGCGCGAUUACCAAGAUCACAGAGAAGGGUAUCGUUACUGCCGAUGGAGAGGAAUAUGAGUGCGAUGUUUUGGUUUGUGCCACCGGAUUCGAUGUCUCCAAGUGCCCUCAAUAUCCUCUGGUCGGACAAAACGGAGUCAACCUUGCCCAGAAGUGGAAGGAUGAGCCCACCUCUUAUCUUUCAGUCGGUACCGAUGAUUUCCCCAACUAUUUCACAAUGGCUGGACCCAACUGUCUCUGCGGUCACGGAUCCCUGGUCGAGGCACUGAACUGGACGGGCGACUACUUUGUUAAGAUGAUCAAGAAGAUCGCAACAGAAGACAUCAAAUAUAUGGUCCCCAAGCCCUCAUCUGUGGACGCAUUCGGCAAAUACCAAGACGAAAUCCACAAGACCUUGGUUUGGUCCGGCUCCUGCCGCAGCUGGUACAAGAGAGGUACAGUUGAUGGUCGAGUCACGCAUUUGUUCGCGGGCAGUGCCAUUCUUUUCCGCAAGCUGCUUGGCGAUAUCCGCGCAGAACACUAUGAUAUUGCUUACAAUUCCGGCAAUCCAUUCCGCUUUUUGGGUAACGGAUUCACUGAGUGGGAGAUGCGGGAGGAAGCCGAUCUGGGAUGGUAUGUGCAGGUUGCUAAGCCUGGUCCUGAGGUCAAUGACGAAAAUGACAAGUCCUGGAUCGCGAAAUAA